AUGUUGGAGGUUCUCCUCAAUGCUGUUCUUUUCCUCGGUGUUGCUGGUGGUGUGUGGCCUCAUGGACUUGUCAAACGUGUCGUCAUCAUUGGUAUAGAUGGGCUUGGUGGAGUAUACUUGAGUAACAUCACCAAGGAUCAUGCUCCGACUCUGAGGUCUUUGAUAGACUCUGAAGAAUGUGCCUAUACAUUCUCAGCAAGAAACAAGAACCCAACAGUCAGCGCACCAAACUGGUCAACCAUUUUAACUGGUAUGCCACCAUCUGGGACGGGAAUCGUGAGCAAUAGCUGGACCGUCGCUGACUUAACUCCGAACAGCUUGGUCGAUGGAAGGGUUGCACCUGUGAGCGGUGCUGGUAAAUUGCCGCCGACCAUAUUCCAUCUGGCUAAAGGCUUCUCAAGAGAGAUAUUUACGGCCUCGGCUUAUGCCUGGUCAUGGUUAAGCAAAGGACAUGAUGGAGGUCCUGUGGACGGAGCUGGUCAUUCCUCUUACUGGGGAUCUCCGCAGUAUUAUGCUGCACUGAAGAAUGUUGAUGGAUACGUAUUCAAGAUCUUGGAGGCUCUCGGCCAAGCAGGAAUAGAAGACGAGACCCUCAUCCUCAUCACAUCCGAUCAUGGGGGAUACCGAAACACUCAUGGGCAAUGGGAUACGGCUAACACAGACACUCCGGCGAUCUUCUGUAGUCCGGGUAAGCUGAUCAAACAUCCCGGACUCAUCGAGAGAUGGAUUGAUAAUGUGUAA